GGGCUGCAAAGGAAGGAAGGAAUCAGAUAAGAAAAAUCAGCAAUAUAUUUAUAGUAUCUGUCUAAGGAUAUUAAUUUUCUGGUUCUCUUCAGAAUGAUAAAACUGUUUGAAAAAGAAAAACGGAACAAUCUGUUUUAAUCCUGCUGUGAACCAAUUUGAGUCUCAGCCUCGGGAGGAAAGUAGCACUUUGGAAUGAAACUGAAUAUACAACACACACACAAUGCAUGUAAUACUUGAGUGUGUGUGUGGGUUUGGACAGACUUCAGUAUAAUUCAGCUAAAACUCUGAAAGAAGAGUUUACCAAAAAUAUUACACACUUUCAUUUUUUAUUGCUUUUUGGACGUACAAGGAUAAAUUCCAUUUUUCAACAAACAGCUUCAUACACUGAGAGUUCCUGCAUGGCAGAAUGGGGUUGGACCGGACGGCCCUUGUGGUUUCUUCCAGCUCUACGAUUCUAUAAUUCUAUGAGCUGAUCUUCUCUGGCACAUAUAGAAACAGAGACGCAGGUGGGACCCGUCCUCCGAAAAGACAGACACCAAGAAGGAUGCCACUGCUGCUGCCCCUCCUGCUCCUCUUUCUCCAGCAGACCUCACCUUGUGAAGAGCUCACCUGCUUCGCUGACUACCUGCAGAUGCUGAUGUGCACCUGGGGAUGGUCCCUCCGGCCCUCCAGUGACGCCUCCUACAACCUCACAGCAAAGUGGAACUGUGGGGCAGGGGGCACCUGCCACCUCCUCCCCUCCACCGGCAACACCACUGCAGCACAAUUUACCUGUUUAGCGGAACAGAAGCUGUGCUUCGGAGAAAACACCUUUGAUGUGACAGCCACAACUUCGGCUGGGAAUGGGCCCCCUGGAGUCCCCAAAGGAUGCUUGAAAACAUUUCUGUUUAAGGAGAACAUUAAACCACAGCCGCCCUUCAACCUGACGGCCCAUGCCUCCCCCUCAGGCUACAACAUUUCCUGGAAAAACCCCUACCAGCACUGGCGAUUCCACCCCCUGAAUGGCCAGCUGCACUAUGAGCUGCGCUACCGGCGGAGGGGCCACGCCUGGCAGGACAAGAACAGGAAGCAUCUCUUGCAGGACACAGGGACCUUUUGGCUCCUGCCCAGGGAAUUUGAGGGGCCCUCCACAGAGUAUGAGGUCCAGGUGCGAGCCCGGCCGAGGUCCCCCUACAAGGGUGCCUGGAGCAUGUGGAGCUCUCCGGCCUCCCUCACGACUCUGCCCAAAACUUCCAACCACCAAGGGGAUGAAGGAGGGGUCUCCUGGUGGCUGGUGGUCCUUGGCCUCUUCCCUGCCCUGCUGGCCUUUCUGGGCCAGAGGUUGUGGAAGAAGCUGGACCUGUUUGUCCCCAGCCCAGUCCCUUUUUUCCAGCCCCUCUAUGUGGGCCACAAAGGAGAUUUCAAGAACUGGGUGGGCACCCCUGGAGUCGGAGCCAUGCUGGAGGUCUUCGAGAGGGACUCCAGAGUUGGCCUGGAAGCGUUUGGGAUGGGCAGCCUCCAGCUCCUCCCGCCAAGCCCUGGUAAUGCUGAAAACAGAGAGGCCAGAGCCACUGGUCAGAUGACCCUCCUUGCAACUCCCACAGCCCCCCUGCUUGCUGCCAAGAGUGUUGCACAAGAGCAGACUUAUGGCCACCUCUCCAUCGACACCGUCACAGUGGCCGGAGGGGUUGUCCCCUGCUGCCCGCCGUGUGACCACUGCGCCGGUGCCUGUUGUGCCACUGAGCAGCCCCAACAGCAGGAGGAGGUAGAGGAGCAGGAAGAAGGAGAAGAGGCGGGUGCAAGGGACACCUACCGCAGGAUCCACUUUGAAAGUAGCAGUCGGGAUGGACAAGUUUCUGGGACUGUGCUUCGGGUAGAGGGUCCGCCCCAGGAGAACACAAUUCCCCCUUUCUCCUCCUGUCUGAGCCCCUCUCUCCCAGCUGCCUCUGCUGCCCUCCCUCCUUUCCAACAAGUGGGGAGCUCCCUGGGUGAGGGGUCUGGGAAGGAUCCCUUUUGUCUCUUUGGUCUGCCCUUGCCAUGUCCUCCUUCUCCUGAGCACCAGCCCCUCAGCCUGGGGAGCCUCUGUCCUCCAGAUGAGGAGACCCUUUUCUACAGCACCCUGCUGUCCCUCCACUUGGAGGCUGAUGAUGACGGAGACCCAGAGAAUGGCCUGGACCUUGACACUAUUGACAGCGGCUUUGUGGACUGUGACUGUGGGAGCCCCCUGGACUCAGAGGAGGGGGCAGCUGCGGUGGACCCCCUGCCCAGUUAUGUCAAGCAAUGGCUCAAGACCUGAGUGAGUCCUGAUCUGGGGGGGAGGAUGCUGUAAGCACUGGGGGGCUCUGCCUCUGGCCCCACCCCUGCUGGGCUGCUGCCAGAUGUCAAGGAGGUGGGAAGAGCCCCGGCUGCUUCCACAGCCCCUGAACCAGCAGAAGAGCCAAGCCUGGGAACUCUUGCUGCCCCACCCAACCUCUUCUUCCUUCUCAGAGAGAGGGGACCGUUGACCCUGUCCAGGGAUGGCAACUAGAGCACUGUCCCUCAGGAGGAAGCAACCCUCUCAGCUGCCUCAUGGUAGCUGGAGUGGGGAGUUUCCUGAGGCUAGACAAUGGAGGAGGAACAAUCCAGAAGUAGGACUCUGCGUAGCUACCUCCGCUGCCUUGGCCAAUGGCACAUGGUUCCCAAUCCCCCCUCUUUUCCUGGUGCUUCUGUAUCCUCUUGGCCCUUUCCCUUCGGCAUCCCUGCCUCAGCAAUGGCCUUGUUUUGGAUGCUCAAUCAAUAAAGAUAACGCAGCUUCUGCCAAGAGCUUCUCCACGUGUCAAUUUCUGAAAACAGGACAUUUGCCCUGCUGCGAAUGGAGCCAUAAAG